AUGGCGCGUCGAUCAGCUCGUCUGCUCAAGCGCGAGACUACGCCCUCCGAAGAUAGUUGGCACACUGCCUCGUCGCCCAACUUGGGCCUUCCAGACCUUCCAGAAUUGCCAGAGCCUGGUAUGGCGCGGAAGACGCCCUCGAACGCCUCUGCAGGUCCCAAGGCCCAGUCCAAGUUACCGCAAGCGGCCGCGACACCCACACCUCAUAAGAGCAAAUCAACCAAGUCGCUCAUUGAUGACGCCAAGAGCCAAACACCCAAAGACCGCACUCCGAUCAAGCCGGCAGGACAGGAGAUGCAUCCAGCGCAUCACCACGCGAGCACAGCCAAGAUCCUAGAUGAGGCGCGCUGGCUCGGUUUUCAGUCACUGGGUACCGCGCCGUCCAAAGCGACCGGCCUGGCGGGUCAGGCAACACCCUCGAAGACUCCUGUAGCUGCCGCUUCGAUGGCCAAUGUUGGGUCAUCGCCUGACUUCCGCUUCCGCUUCAAGUCGCCUUUCUCGAAACAAGACGAUGCCACGCUGAGUCCAAGCUCGCGCAACAUCCUGAAAGACGCUGGGAUCGCAGGCACUCCGGGUGGUGGUAGCCGUGCUCUGUUCGGCACGAGCGAGUGGUCCUCCAAGGUCGACGUGUCUCCCCAGCGCAAGAUGGCCGAAGCCAAGGGCAAGAUGGCUCGCUUCAGCGACGUACAUAUGAAGCAGUUCAAGAACAUGGACUCCAUCGCGAACCACGCGUCAGCUUUCCGCGCCGACCCGACACGAUUCAAGCCCGUCGUAGGCCAGUCGCUCAAGAAGUCGCCCUCGAAACCAGAGCUCGCGAACACGGAGACGAACAAGCUCAAGCGUACACAGUCGAAAGCAGAUCUGGCGGAGCCGAGCUCGAGUGCCGCUGGAGGUCUAAAGCGCACACAGUCGAAGAUGGACCUCCCAGGAUCUGGAAGCAAGAUUCCCCCAACCCCGUUGAAGCGCACUCAAUCCAAGAUGGAUCUCACCGGAUCUGCUCUGCCACGCUCCCAGCCACCAGCUCGCAUGGCUCCUCCUACACGCGAUGGACGACCGGCCUCCCGCGACGGCGACGGCGACCGUAACCCGGCAGCUAAGCGUGUCAAGCGCACCGAAUCUGACGAUGCUGCCACCACUCGCCCUGCGUCUCGCGAAAAGGCGCCCGAUGUCCCAGCCCGCGCAGCUGCUACUCCGGCCCGCAAGAAGACUUCUCAGACUGCACUUCCUCGUCUAGCUGCGCGAUUGAUGACGCCUACAAAGUCGUCUAUGGCCCGUUCACAGAGCGUCAAGACUCUGAAGACGACAUCGAUGAUUCCAACUCUAGGAAAGUCGCCCUCCACGAACAAUCUGGGAGCUUCGCCAUCUGUCAAUCGUAGCUUCGAGUCGUCCUCUGCCCGUAAUACCUUCUCUCCUCCUAGCAACAUUGGCCAUCUGCAGACUUUGAGGGACAAUGCACGCGAGAGCAUGCGCAAGGCAAGCAGCAACUUGCAGCGCGUCCGGUCAAUUCUUCGCACGCCAAAUCGCAAAUUUUCGGACGAUCCUAGCAAAAUCGCGGCAGGCACUCACAUGUCACCUCCGACCAUGAGUCUCGACAAAGCACCGUCCCUGGUUCCUGCUACAGCUCCUGUGAAGAAGCAAGUCAACUUCAGCAGUAGUACUUUGGAGCGCGCGUCGCACGACGAGCUGGGCAAAUCACCGUCCCCGAUGAAGUUCAGGGCAGGCAGUGAAGUGCCUGCUGGUGCUGUGAUCUAUCCUACUCUCGGCUCAGGAGCACACACUGGCCCGGAUCUUUCUCAGGAGAUCGAAACUUUGACCGCUUCUCCAUCUCGUCGCCUCACAUUCGGUGGCGAAGCUCCUAAUCAUCCACGUUCCUUUUCCUUCGAGUCCGGCAACACUGUCAACUUUGGCCCUGUAUCGACUGGCACGAUCCGCAUGGUACGUCCGAGCGAUGCAUCUUCUCUUGUCGACGGCACCAAGCGCAAGCUGGAGACUCUCCAGGAGACAUCCGACAAGGAGAAUGAUGGACCCAAAGACGACGACAUGCGCUCCAACAAGAAGAUGAAGCGGACACCUGCACCCGCCCCAAAGGCCCCUGCCAGCGCAAGCAAGCCAGCUCGCCACACCCCAGGACGUGCGGGUGCUAUCAGCAAGUCAAGGCUCGCCUUCCUUGCUACGCCUAAACGAAGCAGGGCGUAA